AAGAAAAUCAGACACCGUACAUCAGUACAUCACCGUAAACGAAGUCGGAUGUCGAGUGAUGAGCAGUUGACGAGUGACGACCGAUGUAAAACAAAUAACAACAACAAUAACAACAAUAAUAAUAGUAACAACGAUCAGCAGUACUGCAGUAGUGACAAUAAUUACCAAUAAGUCCGUCGGUCCGCCGCGGGUUUUCUCGCGCAAGUUGCCGUCGUCGCUGCCUUCUCAGCCGACUGCCGAGUCAAGUCGGCGCGGAAGUUGCGUGCGUGCGUAUUGUGCGGGAUCUGCGCCCGUCCUGUUUCGGUUUUCAGCGUUUUCACGGCAAUGCGCCCCGCCGGCCAAUUACUAUUUGGUCAAUGUUCGCUCAGAGGUGUUCCCCUAUGCACGUCCGCCACCGUCGCGGAUUGAACACCGUCCAUCUGUCCGGGUAAUGGUCUCUAAUUAUGGGCGCGCAGCAGACCAAGGAUCGCGCCCUGACCUCAGGAUCGCUGACCGUGCGCAGCAUCAGGUCCAAACCGCGGUUUUCCAACGUCAAAGACGGAAAGAACCAAGGGCUCAACAUAUUCACCGAACACAGUGAAGCAUUAUUACAAAGCAGACCUUUACCUCACAUACCAGAUCUUCCAGAUGGUGAUCCUCCGGGGACCAUUCCUUCAGGUGGUGGGAGUUCAGGUGGUUCAAUUGGUGGAACAAUAUCAAGCAAUUUAGAAUCUUCAAUUCGAUGGACAUCAAAAGAAAACUUAUUGCAAUCCCAAGAAGAUGAUGAUCCACAGUUAUUUGUUGCUUUAUAUGAUUUUCAAGCAGGCGGUGACAACCAACUUAGUCUUAAAAAAGGAGAACAAGUUCGUAUAUUAUCUUACAAUAAAAGUGGUGAAUGGUGUGAAGCACAUGCAUCACCAGGACAAGUUGGAUGGGUGCCAUCAAAUUAUGUAACACCCGUUAACUCAUUAGAGAAACAUUCUUGGUAUCAUGGUCCUAUAUCAAGAAAUGCUGCUGAGUAUUUGCUUAGUUCUGGAAUAAACGGUAGUUUUUUAGUCCGGGAAAGCGAAAGUUCUCCAGGUCAAAGAUCUAUUUCAUUACGAUAUGAAGGGCGUGUUUACCAUUAUCGCAUUAAUGAAGAUACCUCUGAUGGAAAAGUAUAUGUGACUACUGAGAGUCGUUUUAAUACCCUUGCUGAAUUAGUUCAUCAUCAUUCAAUGCAUUCUGAUGGUCUUAUCACACAACUUUUGUACCCAGCUCCUAAACAUAACAAACCUACUGUAUUUGCACUUAGUCCUGAACCUGAUGAAUGGGAAAUUAAUCGAACAGAUAUUGUUAUGAGACACAAACUUGGUGGAGGACAAUAUGGUGAUGUUUAUGAAGCUGUUUGGAAACGAUAUAAUAUGACUGUUGCCGUCAAAACCUUGAAGGAAGACACAAUGGCACUCAAAGAUUUUUUAGAAGAAGCGGCCAUUAUGAAGGAAAUGAAACAUCCAAAUUUAGUUCAAUUGCUAGGGGUUUGUACUAGAGAACCACCAUUUUACAUAAUAACAGAAUUUAUGAGCAAAGGAAAUCUGUUAGAUUAUUUACGGCAAGGCAAUAGGGAAAAUAUUAAUGCAGUUGUGCUUAUGUAUAUGGCCACUCAAAUAGCUAGUGCAAUGAGUUAUUUAGAAAGUCGCAUGUUUAUUCAUAGGGAUUUGGCUGCACGUAACUGUCUUGUUGGAGAAAAUCAUCUUGUUAAAGUUGCUGAUUUUGGUUUGGCCCGAUUAAUGCGAGACGAUACAUACACAGCACAUGCUGGUGCAAAAUUUCCUAUAAAAUGGACUGCUCCUGAAGGCUUAGCUUAUAAUAAAUUCUCAACCAAAUCUGAUGUGUGGGCAUUUGGUGUCUUACUAUGGGAAAUCGCCACAUAUGGUAUGUCACCAUAUCCUGGAGUUGAUCUAACUGAUGUUUAUCAUAUGCUAGAAAAAGGAUACAGAAUGGAUUGUCCACCUGGAUGUCCACCAAAUAUAUAUCAACUAAUGAAACAGUGCUGGCAAUGGGCUCCAAAUGAGAGGCCGUCUUUUAAAGAAAUUCAUCACGCUUUGGAAAAUAUGUUUCAAGAAUCAAAUAUUAUUGAAGAGGUGGAAAAACAAUUACAAGGGAGCUCAACACCCCAACUAUCACAUAAAAAGGCUCACGGUAAUAAUUCAAAUAUCAUGGGUACCUCUUUGGAAUCUAAUGAAGCAAUUACACAAGUUGAACGUAAUUUGUCCACAUUUGGUGGACCAGUGGUGAAAGGAAGCCUUGUGCAACUACGACGACCAACUAAUAAACGUGGAAAAACAGCACCGGCUCCACCAAAACGUACCAGUUUGUUGUCAUCGUGCAGUUCAUUUAGGGAUUCACAUUAUGGUGGUCCAGUAAUGGCUGAUCAAAACGAUGCAGCUAUGUCUCUUCCUCCACAACAUUUUUUCGAAGACAACUUUCCACCAAACGGAAUUACCAAAGAGUUGCAAAAUGUAGUUAACAGCCUUGCCGAUAGCGAUGGUGCCAGUGAAGAAAGCGCCGAACCGGUAGAAACCGAAAACGAGUGUACCCACAUACCGCAGUUGAACCGAGUCCAUCGUGGUUCCCUCACCAAAAAGACGUCCAAACACCAAGCGUCACACCCACUUUACCAAAGAGACACUGGCAAUUUAGACACACCAAAGGUCGCGGCGCUGGAAGUGCAAAACGUGAAGCGCGCCAUCAACCGCUACGGCACGUUGCCAAAGGGGGCGCGCAUCGGCGCGUACCUUGAGUCGCUGAGACACGGCAACGGCGAGUCGGCCGAAACGGGAACCGCCAAACCGCCGGCCAGCUUGCACCGCAGCACCAACAUGCCGUUACGUCGACCUUUCCAACAACCAGGUAAUAUGACUAGGAGUAACUCGUCGACAAAUUUUCAGCCUUCCUCGCCGCGGACUGUCCGCGCCCAACCGACAGCACCGCCAAACCUCGCGGAUCUCGAAUUCCCGCCGCCGCCACCGCCCGAAGACCUCGACCACGAGGAAAUGUCCACGUUUCGAUUCGGCGUGAGUCUCAGGCACAGAGAACCGUCGACGGAUUCGUGCAACAGUGCCAAAUCGGAACCGGCUAGACUGAAGUGCGUCGCGGCACGCAAGGACAGACUGCAUCCGGCCGAGCACAACAACAAACCCGGGGCGGCGGCCGUUGCGGUCGAGCCGUCGCCCGUGUUGUCGAAAAAGAACAUUGCGGUCGCUGAAGUGUCACCGUCAUCGGACGAAGACACCGCCGCCAAAGACGUGAAAAGUCUCGUGCCGGACAUCAUGAAAGAAAUGAUGGAACUGAAACAUCAAUCCGCGGCCGGCGACAAGAAGACGACCACGACGGGCGGCGGUGGCGUCGCGGGCAAGGAAGAUCAACAGCAGCGGCCCGCGUCUCCGGUCGACUUCAAGACGAACCUCAGGAAGGUGAGCGCCAAGGACGACCGCGAUCAAUAUCACCUCCUUCACCACAACCACCAGCAGCAACAGUUGCAACGCAUCGAUAACAACAUUGCAGAAAUCAAAUCGCAAUUGAAAAAAGUGAAAAUCGACGAGAAAAAAGACGGCGGCGAUUUGGUCGAAUCUACCGGUGACGGCGGCGAUGGCGGCGACGACAAGAGGCGGAGCACCGGCAGCAUAAGCAGCCUGAAGAAACUUUGGGAAGGCGAGAGCCCGCCGUCGGAAGUGGCAGUGGCGGUGACAGCGAAGGAAAGACGGGUCUGGCCGCCCCCGCACGACGACAACCGACCGGCCGUGCCGGUGAAGCCGUCGUCGGCGGCGGCCGCAGCUGCCGCCGCCGCCGCCACCAAGUCGUCCAACAAAUCCAACGCGAUAUACGCGACUCCGGGCGCGGUGUCCCCGUCCAACAUUGUGGAACAGUGGCAGACGGUGGACAACAGUCUGCGAGCCCUACGCGCCGCGCCCACCGUCACGUCGGCCGGCUGGCUGUCGCUGUCCGACAAGGUGGGCGGCUUCCACUCGUCGUGCCUCAACUACGCGGACACCGCGGCCCCGCCGAACCUCAGGUUUCACCUGCGCGAGCUGCUCAACAGGUUGGAAUCGCAGUCUCGGCAGAUGCGGUCCGCGGGCGGUGGCCGUCAGCAGGCCGACCACUCGACCAUAUUCCAAACGCUGGACGGCACCCUCAAGGACAUACUCAACGUCAUACAGAGAUAAAACUCGCGGGCCCGCCGCCGCCACCGAGUGUAGUCGUAUUGUUCUACACAAAACACUUACCUUACUACCUAUUAUAAUAUAUUUUAUUAUCAUAUGAAUAUUAUUAUGUAUUACGCGCUUGCUCUGCGAAUACCGCCCCGACGCUGUGGCGUCACAUUCCUUUAACGAUAUAUAUUCUAUACGAAAUUAUUUAUUAUUUUUUUUUAUUACUAUGGUUAUUAUUAUUAUUAUUAUAAUUAUUUUGAGUUUUGACUGUACAGACUUUAUAUAUACUUUCUCUUAUGAUAAUAUUUGAAUACAACAAAAUAAGUGUAUACUUGAAAAAUUAGCAUUUUAAUAUAUACGUAAGUGCUACGUGUAUAAUGUGUGUGUAACUUCGAUGUUGACAGAUUUGUCGUUAUUAUUUCCAUUGUUACGUUUUGAAAAUAACGUCCCGAUGUAAACACUCAUUUCCGCCAUCGUGGAAUUAUUUAAUAUGUUUCUUUGUAUUUAUCGAUUAUCGAACUGAUCGGUUAUUGAUCAACUGACGGUCAAACGUAUAAUAAAAUACUUUUAUUCUUUACGCCGAGUCGUAGUUGUUCCCUUCCGUUGUAAAGUACCAGUAACACCAAAAAUAUUUCUGUAACACUACACUAUAUCCUUGCGCUUUUUCGUUUUUAAUUGCCAAGCGUUCAGUUUAAUGGCAAAGGAAAAAAAGUAAUUAUCGUGUACUUCGUAUUUGUAUACAAAUUAGAAUCAUAGACAAUAUUGUGUAUUAUACUAUAAUAUAAUAUAUACAUUUUACAUUUAUGAAAUCAUUCCAAGUGUGUUGUGCAGCAAAAGUGCGACAUCGGCCCUUUGUUUAGUCAUUUGGUAAACGCAUUCCGUCAUUUAAUAUUCGAACUGCUCAUAAGAGGUAUACACUACACGAGAGGUCCCCAAGAAUAAAAAAUAAUAUGUUAAUUAUAAUAAUAAAUAAUAAAACCAUUACACGUAAAUUUUUUUAUCGCUUUAGACUUGUUUUUUUUUAGAAAUGUUCCCGCGACGUCAUGUGAUUUUUUUUUUGGACUUGUGGGUUUAUUCAUAUUAUUAUGAAAACAUAUUCAUACUAUAUUUAUUAUGAAAACCAGUAGAGCAUUUUAUUAAGUUCCGAUAAUAGUACUCUACCUGAAUUGGUUUUUAUUUACUAGCGAGUUGACAGAGGUUUAUGUGAGCAGUAAGGUCGGCACACAAAGAUUAUUAUUAUACCUAUUUGUUUUUUUCUUUUUGUGUUUGGUUUCUACUUAUUCCAUUCUGAACGGACGAUAAAAUGCGCGUUUGUGUGUGUGCGUGUGUAUGUGUGUGUGUCUGUAUAUUUAUUUCGUCACUAAUUUUUUUUUAUAUUUCUACCUAAAAUAUUAAACUGCCCAUAUUUUGUUGCUCAAUGAUUUGUUAAUUUUUACCAUACCUGUAAGAUGUUUACAUCAUGAUAUCGAUUUAUAUCUUCUUUGUGUUUUUAUGUGUAUGAUUUUUAUUAUUAUUAUUAUUAUUAUUAAUUACAUAUUUAACCCCACUCCACUUCCUUGUUUUCCCUCUUGUUCGAUACAUGUAUCGUUAAUGAAUCGUACGCCUGCAUCUUAUUGUAAAAAUGCGGUUUUUGAGUCUUUGAUCAACGUAAUAUUUAAUUCAAUUAUAUAUAUAAAAAAAAUUGAAAAGACUGAAAUGAUUUUGUCCACUGGUAGGCCUUUAUAAAUUAUUAAUAUUGCGGUAGCAUACACACAUGUUCAUCGCAAUAUUGUGUGCGUAUAAGAGAGAAAAAAAUAUCUUUAAAUAUACUAUGAUGUAGAUCUACGUACCUAAUUAUAUAAUUUAUAUAUAUAUAUAUAUAUAUUUAUAUUAUGUCUAUGUAAUAAAAAUAAAAAUGUUUCAUUUUAAAAUACUGAUCUAGUCUUUAUAGUAGUAGGUUAUAUUUUUUUUCGUAUCAAAAAUGCACGUUAUACCUAAAUAUUAUAUUAUUUUCUAAUUUCUAUUAAUAAAUCUUACGAUGUGUACUGUUUUUGCGCUCCGUCUAUCUUCAUACGAGUUUUACGUCUAUUAUUAUAUUAGAUAUAUAGAACUUAUUGUGCAGAAGCAAAAUGUAAAACAUU